GCACAUUGAAAAAGCAUGAAUCUUUUUACAUUAUGAAUACAUUCUCAAAAAAAGAACAAUACUCACAAACAGAAGUUGAUCAAUAUUGGACAAUCAACUUUAUCAACCUUCUCAUCUUUCAUUGAAUUGCUGCACACAUUUAUUAAUAACACGAUUCGAUUAGAAAGAAGAUUGAUUCUUUUACGAAUAACUCAACAUCAAAAAAUUGGACUCAAACCAAACCGAACAGAAACAAUUCCAAACAACCUACAGUUAAUUGAAGAAUGAGAUCAUGGGACGAUAACUUUCAUUGCAACGAAGGAGUUACACCUUCUCAAAACUGUUUGGUGACACUUUACUCUCCUUCCUUGAACCUUUCAUCUCCACCACAAUUAUUUUGUAAUAACACCAACAGCAACGGCUCACUAGAGUUAGGAACAACUGAUUCAGAUAUUUCAAUGAAGACUGAUUCAAACUCUUCUAAAAAGAGAAAGAGAAAGGGAUCUAUGGAUGUUACCAAUAUUGAAGAUGAUAGUAUGGUGUGUUCCUUCCUCGAGAAUUUACUUCAAUCAAAUUCAAAUGCCAACACUGCACAACCAAAGAAGAACAAACAAUCUAAGAGAACCAAACGAUCUUCUGCAGAUGUACUUGCAGUGAUUCCUCAAACAACUACCUCCAGUUAUUAUACUUCUGCUGCCUCUACAACUGCAUUUGCUAACUCAUUGACGUAUUGUAACAAUAACCAUUACCAAACAAAAUAUCAAAUGUCUGUUUCCUAUUCCACCUCCUUCCUAAAAUGAUUUGAUAUUUCUUUGAUCCAAAGUAACAUUUUUGACUCUUGUAAAAUAAUAAUACCCUGCAGCAUCACUGAUACCUUUGCACUCCAACGAUCACUUGAGAUUUGAAAGAUGUUUGGAACGUCUUUCCAAUUUUUGUAAAUUCACAAAUUGUAAACUAUUGUAAAACUUCAAAUUUUUUGCU